AUGGCUGCAACCACCAAGAUGGACCGGUCCAACCGCAUCAAACAGGUCUUUACAGAAGGACAGCGUCCUGCUUUUGGGUUCUGGCAAUUAUUUCCUGGGACAAACGUCUCUAGGGCACUUGCGGGGUCAGGCAUUGACUGGGUGAUGGUGGACUGCGAGCAUGGGAAUAUUGAUGAUGCUGCGAUGCAUGAAGCGGUCCCCGUCAUUGCUGCGUCCGGCGCCUCCCCGAUCGUCCGGUUGCCGGGUAUUGAGUCAUGGAUGGUCAAGCGUGCCUUAGAUACUGGAGCUCACGGGAUCUUAAUCCCCCUCAUCCGGACAGUAGACGAAGUCAAGAGCGUAGUAGCCGCGGCCAAGUUCCCCCCCGAAGGGCAGCGGGGUUUCGGUUCCCCCUUCGCCGCGCAGGGCUUCGAGGCCGGGGUCAGCUCGGUAGACUACCUGCAGCAGGCCAACGGCAACCUCCUGACGAUGGUGCAGAUCGAGACGCAGGAGGCACUGGACGCGGUGGAAGAGAUUGCGCCGCUGGUGGACGUCUUGUUUGUGGGGCCCUUUGAUCUAGGGAACAACAUUGGCCACCCGAUCCUGGGCAAGAUGGACCCGGAGCUGGAGGAGGCUAUCGCGAGGAUCUUGAAGGCGACUGUGGCUGCGGGUAAGAAGUGUGGGAUUUUUUGUGAUACCGGGGAGCAGGCGAAGCGGUAUGCGGAGAUGGGCUUUCAUAUGAUUAAUGUUGCGGUGGACUACACGGCUCUGCGUGCUACGCUGGCGAAGUCGCUUGCUGUCGCCCGUGGGUGA